AUCUCCCCCCCAUAAUGCAUUUCCUCCAUAUAUUCCCAUCAUUCAUUGCGGCGCAGUGACAGACCCCUCUCCUCCGGUCAAGAUGGCGGAUAGACCAGUUCCCAUAGCUGAGAAGCGCCUGAUGGAUGUGAAACUGGGUGAGCUGGGGACCUGGCUAGGAGGUCGGGACUUCACACCCAAUGGCCUCAUCUCAGCCAUCCGCAAAGGCCACGACAGAUACUACAACAAGUACAUCAAUGUGAAGAAGGGGGGCAUCGGUGGCAUAGCGAUGCUGCUAGUUGGCUACGUGGCCAUCAGCUACAUAUGGGAAUACGAUCACAUCAAACAUGAUCGCUGGAGGAAGUACCACUGAGCCCCUCCAAGAGCCAUCAAACCUUCGGGGGUCUCUAGGCUCGCCCUGCUCUUUCUGUUCUCAGUUCUGUUCAUAUGUGGCUGUUGUGACCAAUAAAAGAAACAUUAAAGAUUAA